AGUCAUGUUAUGCCGUGGUCUGGUUAAGAGAAGUGUAAGAGAGAGAGUAAAAGCAGAGACGCUUUAUUAGAGUCUGAGAAGAAGGGGAAGGGGAAACAAAGAAAAGAACAUACAGCUCCUUGUCCUUGGUUUGUUUAUCUCCUUCUCUUAAUUACCAUCUUCCUGCUCGAGUGGGCGAGGCGAGAUGGAUAAUAAGGGGAGAGUAGUUCGAGAUAACAAGUCUGCAGUAUUCAAGGGCGGGUCCUUCCGAACCAUCUUCAUGCAUGCCGACCACACAGAUAUUCUGUUGAUGAUUCUAGGCUUCAUUGGCGCCGUCGGUGAUGGAGUCGGGAUGCCGGUGAUGUUGAUUAUCACCAGCAAGAUCAUGAACAAUCUUGGCGGUGGCUCCACCGCUGAUCCCCAUCUCUUCCUUCACAAUGUCACCGAGAAUGCAGUAAAUCUACUGUACAUGGCAUGUGGAUACUGGAUUGUCUGUUUCUUGGAGGGUUAUUGUUGGACAAGAACGGGAGAGAGGCAAGCGACGAGGAUGAGAGCGAGAUAUCUCAAAGCGGUUAUGAGACAAGACAUAGGUUAUUUCGAUGUACAGGUGACGAGCACGGCGGAGGUGGUCACUAGCGUCUCCAACGAUUGUCUCGUAAUUCAAGACGUUAUCAGUGAAAAGCUGCCCAACUUCUUAAUGAAUGCGUCGACGUUCAUAGGAAGUUACAUCGCGGCUUUUCUGUUGAUGUGGAGGCUGGCUCUGGUAGGAUUUCCUUUCGUGUUGAUUUUGAUCAUCCCGGGCUUGAUAUACGGGAGGAUUCUCAUGGGUUUAGCCAGGAAGAUCAGAGAGGAGUAUAACAAAGCGGGAAACAUAGUAGAGCAAUCUGUUUCGUCGAUCAGAACGGUUUACUCUUUCGUCGGCGAGAGCAAAACCAUGGCUGAGUUCUCUGCAGCCCUCGAAGGAUCUGUGAAGUUGGGGCUGAAGCAAGGGUUGGCCAAGGGUCUAGCAAUUGGAAGCAAUGGUGUCGUCUUUGCUAUAUGGUCUUUCAUGUCUUGGUAUGGUAGCAGACUGGUCAUGUAUCAUGGUGCGGAAGGAGGAACGGUCUUCGCAGUCGGAGCCUCCAUAUCCGUUGGUGGCCUGUCGUUGGGCUCUGGAAUCUCCAACUUGAAAUACUUCUCCGAAGCCUUCUCGGCCGGAGAACGUAUAAUGGAGGUAAUAAAGAGGGUGCCGAAGAUAGAUUCGGAUAACAUGGAAGGUCAGAUCCUGCAAGAUGUUUCUGGGGCGAUCGAAUUCAGAAAUGUCGGAUUCGCUUAUCCAUCUAGGCCGGAAAAUGUUAUCUUUGAAGAUUUUUGCCUGAAAAUACCGGCGGGAAAGACGAUUGCUUUGGUUGGUGGAAGCGGUUCGGGAAAAUCAACAGUGAUUUCUCUGUUGGAGAGGUUUUACAACCCUCUCAGUGGCGAAAUUCUACUAGACGGGAUCCCCAUCGAUAAGCUUCAGCUCAAAUGGCUUCGAUCUCAAAUGGGCCUAGUGAGCCAAGAACCAGCCCUGUUUGCAACCUCCAUCAAAGAAAACAUACUAUUCGGUAAGGAAAGUGCAACCAUGGAGGAGGUUGUUGCAGCGGCCAAAAUUGCAAAUGUUCAUAAUUUCAUCGUAUCUCAAUUGCCACAAGGCUAUGAUACCCAGGUUGGUGAGAGGGGCGUUCAGAUGUCCGGGGGACAGAAACAGAGAAUAGCAAUUGCACGAGCUGUUAUUAGAGCACCCCGAAUUCUUCUCUUGGACGAGGCAACCAGCGCGUUAGACUCAGAAUCCGAGAGAGUCGUCCAAGAAGCACUCGACAACGCUUCCGUCGGCCGCACGACGAUCGUGAUCGCUCACCGUCUCUCCACAAUCCGCAGCGCCGACGUGAUUGCCGUGAUGAAGAAUGGGCAGGUGGUGGAGACAGGAUCACACGAGGAGUUGUUCCAGGAUGAGGACGGCUUGUACACUUCUCUCGUUCGGCUCCAGCAAACUGACGAAUCAGCAAGAGAGAUCGAGAUCUCAUCAACUUCUUCGUCUUUACCAUCCCAGACAGUGAACCAAGAUAACAAUAGCAAAAGAUUCUCUACCUUGAGUAGAUCCAGCUCAACAAACUCGGUAGUAGUAGCGAGUCGGGCACCGGUCGGCGGUAAGGGUGAGGCCACCCAGUUGGUGCCGUCGUUUCGGAGAUUGUUGCUUCUGAAUACUCCGGAGUGGAAGCAAGCGAGCUUGGGGUGCGUGAGUGCGAUAUUAUUCGGUGGGGUGCAGCCGGCAUACGCCUACGUGUUGGGAAGUAUGGUGUCGGUGUAUUUCUUGACGGAUCACGAUGAGAUGAAAUCAAAGACAAGGAUGUACUGUCUGUUGUUCGUUGGAUUGGCGCUGUUCUCGUUUGUGAUCAACAUGAGCCAGCAUUACAGCUUCGCCGCGAUGGGUGAAUACUUGACCAAGAGGAUCAGGGAGAGAAUGUUGUCCAAGAUUCUGACGUUUGAAGUUGGGUGGUUCGAUCAACAUGAAAAUUCUACUGGAGCCGUUUGCUCUAGACUCGCCAAGGAUGCCAACGUGGUGAGAUCGUUGGUGGGAGACCGAAUGGCUCUUGUUGUGCAGACGUUCUCCGCAGUAAGCAUCGCCUUCACCAUGGGACUUAUAAUCGCAUGGAGGCUCGCAAUCGUCAUCAUAGCGGUCCAGCCCUUGAUCAUCCUCUGCUACUACGCCCGCCGAGUCCUCCUCAAGACCAUGUCCAAGAAGGCCAUCAAAGCCCAAGACCAGAGCAGUAAGCUUGCUGCCGAAGCCGUUUCCAACCUCCGAACCAUCACCGCCUUCUCCUCCCAAGACCGUAUCCUCUGCAUGCUCGACCGUGCCAAUGAAGGCCCCCGAAGGGAGAGCAUUCGCCAGUCCUGGUUCGCCGGCAUCGGCCUGGGCACCUCCCAGAGUCUUAUGUCUUGCACUUGGGUCCUCGACUUCUGGUACGGUGGCAAGCUCAUCUCUCAGGGCUACAUCACCGCCAAGGCUCUCUUCGAGACCUUCAUGGUCCUUAUGAGCACCGGACGGGUCAUCGCCGAUGCUGGAAGCAUGACUUCCGACUUGGCCAAGGGUGCCGACGCGGUAGGUUCGGUAUUUGCAGUGCUCGAUCGAUACACCCGUAUUGAACCCGAAGACUUGGAAGGUCACCGUCCCGAGAAGAUAACCGGUUACGUAGAGCUUCGGGACAUUGACUUCGCAUACCCAGCUAGACCCGACGUGAUGAUCUUUAGAGGUUUCUCUUUGAGCAUUGAAGCCGGGAAAUCAACGGCAUUGGUGGGUCAGAGUGGUUCUGGUAAAUCAACAAUCAUCGGCCUAAUCGAGAGAUUCUACGACCCACUAAAAGGUACGGUGAGUAUAGACGGAAGGGACAUAAGGACAUACCAUCUAAGGUGCUUCAGGAAGCACAUAGCGUUGGUAAGCCAAGAACCGACGCUGUUAAGCGGGACGAUCAGAGAGAACAUUACGUAUGGGGUGGCAAAUAAGGUGGACGAGGCAGAGAUCAUCGAAGCGGCGAGGACGGCCAACGCUCACGACUUCAUAGCGGGGCUGAAAGAUGGGUACGAAACGUGGUGCGGAGACAGGGGAGCGCAGCUGUCGGGAGGGCAGAAGCAGCGGAUUGCGAUAGCACGGGCAAUACUGAAGAAACCGGCGGUGUUGUUGUUGGACGAGGCAACGAGCGCACUGGACAGCCAGUCGGAAAAGGUGGUGCAGGAUGCAUUGGAGCGAGUCAUGGUGGGGAGGACGAGUGUGGUAGUGGCCCAUCGGUUGAGCACCAUACAGAAUUGUGAUCUAAUUGCGGUGUUGGACAAAGGAAAGGUGGUGGAGAAGGGGACCCACUCUUCGCUUUUGAAUAAGGGACCCACGGGAGCUUACUACUCCCUGAUGAUCAGCCUUCAAAGGAGUGGCUCCCAAUGAUAACCAUGGUCGGACCAACGGGGUUUAUAUGAAAUCUAAUUUUUCCUUUUCCUUGCUGCAAAUUCUGCUACUUUAAUUUGCCAGAGGGGCAUGACCUUCACAAUUCACAAUUACCGUGUAGAAUUUUUGAUGGACAAAAAAGUGAACGGGUUGAAAGGUGUAUACGUAAAUAUGUUUUUUUGUCGGUCAAAGUAUUUUCCUGAAGCCCAUCC